UCGAGGAUGAAAUUAAAUACCGCCCAUAUCCCUCGAAACCUCCCUUCUCUAAAACCCCGUUCCCCAGCCCCAGGUCCUCUCUCACUCUCGAUUCCCAGAAUGGCACAUACCCUAGCUCGCUCGCCAACCGCCACUGUCAUGCGCAACCUAUCUCUUUCUCUUAUACUCCCCAAGCGCCUCCUCUCGACCACCGCCAUAACCCGUCCUCCUCCAAUUUCAUCUCCCCUUCUAUGCCGUCGUUCUAUUACUCCUCUCUCCCAUGCCGCCCGAUCUAUCCAGUUUGGUCAGACUGCCUCCCGUUUCGCUAUCAUUAGGUGCCGGGUGAACAGAGCUGGCAACUCUGGCUACUCUCCCCUCAACUCGGGCUCCAAUUUCAGCGACCGACCUCCUACGGAGAUGGCUCCGCUUUUUCCAGGAUGUGACUAUGAGCACUGGCUCAUUGUCAUGGACAAGCCUGCAGAGGGCACUACCAAGCAGCAGAUGAUUGAUAGUUACAUCCAAACCCUUGCUAAAGUCGUUGGAAGUGAGGAAGAAGCCAAGAAGAAAAUCUACAAUGUUUCGUGUGAGAGGUAUUUUGGAUUUGGAUGUGAAAUUGACGAGGAAACCUCAAACAAGCUUGAUGGCCUACCAGGUGUUCUCUUUGUGCUUCCAGACUCUUAUGUUGACCCUGAAUACAAGGACUAUGGGGCUGAAUUGUUAGUGAACGGGGAGAUAGUUCAAAGACCACCUGAAAGGCAGAGGAGGGUGGAGCCACAGCCUCAGAGAGAGAGAGACCGCCCCAGAUACAAUGACAGAACCCGAUAUGCUCGCCGCAGGGAAAAUAUGCGAUGAAAAAUUAAAAAAGGGGAUCUCUGUAUAGACAACAAGGUAGAGAAGAGGAAGUGUGACCUUGUGAAGGCCUCCAUCCAUGUUUGGCUGUUGUGUUUUCGUGGUCGACCAAGGAGGGCACUUGGCUUUCAAGGGUCAGAGACUAUGGUAAUGGACCGGUGGUUGUCGUUCAUCAAGUCCAACUAGAAGAAGUCAGAUUUAGUUCUACUUUAGGCUAGUCGAAUAUGGUUAUAAAUAUCGCAUGCCAUCAAUUUGUGCUCACUACCAGACACUUAAUUUAAUAAGGAAUGAAUAAUGGAAGUUUAAUAUGAUGUAUGUAGGAUUAGGAAGAGUUUUUUUUUUUUUUUUUUUUCCUCUCUUAUUCUUUUGCCCCUCUUGAAUAUUGGUUGUUUCUCUGUCUUGAUUUGGAAAACAGUUUAGAUGGUGAUGAUUGCAUAUAAUAUAGGAGUAAUGGAUAGGAUACUUUGGCAGGCUAUCUUUAUUAUAAUGAAGAAUUGUGAGAUUUCCUCUUA